AUGGGGGAAAAGGAUGCAGGACAGGCACGCUCCUCCGUUAUGUUGCUUGGAGUAGUAGAUCCAAUGGUAUUUCUUGAGAAUUCCCAGAAUACAGUUUUUCUUCGUCUGAAACAUCUCCACGGAGAAAAUGUCGGGUUCCUUAUUUGCUGUAGCUGGAUUUGCUUGGGCGUGUGCUGGGAUAGGAUCCACUUGGGCGUGUUCCGGGAUGGGAUUCACUUGGGCGUGUGCCGGGAUGGGAUCCACUUGGGCGUGUGCCGGGAUGGGAUGCACUUGGGUGUGUGCCGGCAUGGGACUCACUUGGGCGUGUGCCGGGAUGGGAUCCACUUGGGCGUGUGCCGGGAUGGGAUUCACUUGGGCGUGUGCCGGGUUAGGAUCCACUUGGGCGUGUGCCGGAAUGGGAUUCACUUAGGCGUGUGCCGGGGUAGGAUUCACUUGGGCGUGUUCCGGGGUGGGACUCACUUGGGCGUGUUCCGGGAUGGGACUCACUUGGGCGUGUUCCGGGAUGGGAUCCACUUGGGCGUGUGCCGGGAUGGAAUUCACUUGGGCGUGUUCCGGGAUGGGAUCCACUUGGGUGUGUUCCGGGAUGGGAUCCACUUGGGCGUGUGCCGGGAUGGGAUCCACUUGAACGUGUUCCGGGAUGGGAUGAACUUGGGCGUGUGCCGGGUUGGGAUCCACUUGGGCGUGUGCCGGGAUGGGAUCCACUUGGGCGUGUUCCGGGAUGGGAUCCACUUGGGCGUGUGCCGGGAUGGGAUCCACUUGGGCGUGUGCCGGGAUGGGAUCCACUUGGGCGUGUUCCGGGAUGGGAUCCACUUGGGCGUGUGCCGGGAUGGGAUUCACUUGGGCGUGUUCCGGGGUGGGAUCCACUUGGGUGUGUUCUUGGAUGGGAUCCACUUGGGCGUGUGCCGGGAUGGGAUCCACUUGGGCGUGUGCCGGCAUGGGAUCCACUUGGGCGUGUGCCGGGGUUGGAUUCACUUGGUCGUGUUCAGGAGUGGGAUCCACUUGGGCGUGUUUCGGGAUGGGAUCCACUUGGGCGUGUUGCGGGAUGGGAUCCACUUGGGCGUGUUCCGGGAUGGGAUCCACCUGGGCGUGUUUCGGGAUGGGAUCCACUUGGGUGUGUUCCGGGAUGGGAUCCACUUGGGUGUGUUCCGGGAUGGGAUCCACUUGGACGUGUUCCGGGAUGGGAUCCACUUGGGUAUGUUCCGGGAUGGGAUCCACUUGGGCGUGUGCCGGGAUGGGAUCCACUUGGGCGUGUGCCGGGGUGGGAUCCACUUGGGCGUGUGCCGGGGUGGGAUCCACUUGGGCGUGUGCCGGGAUGGGAUCCACUUGGGCGUGUGCCAGGAUGGGAUUCACUUGGGCGUGUUUCGGGAUGGAAUUCACUUGGGCGUGUUCCGGGAUGGGAUCCACUUGGGCGUGUUCCGGGAUGGAAUCCACUUGGGCGUGUUCCGGGAUAGGAUCCACUUGGGCGUGUGCCGGGAUGGGAUCCACUUGGGCGUGUUCCGGGGUGGGAUCCACUUGGGUGUGUUCCGGGAUGGGAUCCACUUGGGCGUGUGCCGGGAUGGGAUCCACUUGGGCGUGAUGGGAUUCACUUGGGCGUGUGCCGGGAUGGGAUCCACUUGGGCGUGUGCCGGGAUGGGAUUCACUUAG